AUGGAUUUGAUGAAGUUGCUGCUCACCCUUAAUCUUGAAUGCCAAGUGGCUGUAAAAGAAUUUUGUUCUGCGAUUCAGACCCUUGUUAAUGAUAUUAUAUCCUUUCCGGUAUUAAGAUAGUUUAAAAAUUAUGAAAUUCUUUUCUCCUUUGCUUUUAAAAACUGUCAUAUUGUCCAUAUAUGCUGUGUCAGUCAGCUUACUUUACUUUCUUUUAGCUAGUUAACGAAUAAUAUUUAGCCGUAAGGUUUUUUUAUGUACUACUUUAGAACCAGAGGAAAUUAUAUCCAGUUAUUAUUGACAGUCUCAAAGAGUUCAGGUUAGUAAUAAGACUUAUUUAAUAUAAUUUUAUAGUAAUAGACUAGCUGUUUCCUUAUAUAUUAUUCAGUGAAGUGGAGGUGGCUUGUGGAUAUUUAGCGAGCUGCAUUUGAAGUGCUAGGUUAGGUGAAUAGUAUUGUUUUACUAUGUACACACUGUGCUAAAACAGUUACAUGAUAUAUAAUUGAGCUCACGAAUGAAACAGAAUUUAAUUGCCGUCUUUGUGAACGUCCAGAUCACAGCUUCUUCAUUAUAAAUAUGGUAGCAGAAUAACUGGUGUGAAUAAGCACUGGGUUGUUUGAGUAGCCAAACAAAGAGCAAAAAGCACCAAUUAUAUCCAUUUGGUAAGUGUAUAAUGAUACUUACUGUCAGUAGUUGAUAUUUUUAUGUCACAGCUGGUCUCUCCUAUAUAAAGAUGAAGCGAAGCUCCUAGCUAAUCAUAGUGCUCUAUUUUCAAUAAUCAUCAAUGUAGUUAUGCUAAUUGUAUGUAUUAUGAUAUCAGUGGUUGACAUUACCUUAUUGUCGAUUGGUGGUUGGAUAGUUAUCGCUGUAGAUGGUCAGUGAUUCGUCAAACCUGAUCAUGGUAUUGAUGCUACAUGUGUAUGAGGGGUGUGGCUGCACUGAGAAUAACCAAUGGGAUGUGAACUUUUUAUUACAACAUUCCUUUUGUAGACAUCUUUUAAGGGAGUUAUUACAUGUAAUACUCUUUCCCAUGUGGUGACCUGUACAUUGUACUACUGCAUAGACAAUAUUUAACUCUGAUGGUUCACUAACCAUUAGGUUACUUCUCAGCAUUUUGUAUUGUAUUGUCAUUUUGAAUCAGGCUGGAACGCGUUUUAUUUGAAUUGGAGAACACAGAUGGUGUAAGUCAGCGCUGUACCACUUCUUGUGUGGAGUAUACAACAGUAUGAGAUGCUGCUUGUGACAGAAGCAAAAAGGUGGCAUUGGUCGAUCUGCAUACUAAAGUUAUUGAGCGGUGGUUCUUGUUGAGUUUGAUAUCAUUUGAUAUAUGAUAAAAAGUGUAAUCAUAACUAUAACAAAGUUCUCAAAUCUGACUGGCUAUCAACUGUCCUGAUUUCAGCCUUAAUAGGACAGUACGCACCAUCACGCGCGCGCUUAAAUGUUUUUUUUUUUUCACUGCUAGCCGAAAAAAGAUUGGAAUUUCUUGUGUUUCGAUUUAAAAAAAGAGCCUUAUAUAUCACAAGUUUUGUUAAAGUUAUGAUUAAUUUUUAACAGAACUUCCUGUGGUCCAAUUUGGUCUGUAAUCAUGCUCAUGAUUAAACAAAUCAAACUCCCGCAACUCGGUCCUCCGAUUUUGUUAAGCACUCGUAUGAUUACAGACCGAAUUGGACUCCACUCAGUCGUGUUACCAUUACUAAUUGUUGCGGUUAUGAUUCCAAGCUGCUAGAACGCAUUCUUGAGAAACAAGGACAUGGUCCGUUUUCAUGAAACGUUUGAUUUUAGUGACCCAUUAAAAGCAGUGUCUUUAUGAUUUCUUUAAACCUGCCAUCACGGCGCUAUCAACGUAGUACAGUUUUGCUUUGUCGAAAAUAUAGGCCAGGGCAUAAAAUAACUUGCUAGUCCUGAUGCUUUUGGGCUCGAGGACUAGACAAGUGUCAGGAAUUUCCCGUCUUAACAUUACGGGGUUUUGUCUUUUCACUUACUGUUUGAUUUUUAUUUUUUUCUUGGUUUUUCUUGAACUGUCUUCUGUCCUUAUCACUUAGAUGGCCAUGACCUUUCCAAACGGCUUUCCAAGCAGAUUGGUCCAGCAACAAAGAGCAUGCGAACCGCUCUAGAUAAAUUCAACAACCUAGAAUGCAGUAAUGCUUGCCCAUUCCCACGCUCCUUGGAGUUCGAUCAAGUGAAGAACCCGGAAGCAGACGUUUGGUUACGAUCGGAGUUUGUUGGUUCUGACUCGCCAGUACCCAUAACCGUUAGACGUAGAGCAAUCGAUCUGUACCAUCUGCUGGAUAGAGCUAAAGAAGAGGUGACCUUACUUCAGGAAGAGAUGAGAAACGUAGUUGAACACUUCAGCGGGCAGCACGCGACGUUUUCCAGUUCGUUAAAAGAUGCCACGAUAUCUCCUUUGUCCUUAGAGGAGUUAGGGAAAAUAUAUUUCCGAAAAUGAAACUGGUGUCUUUGGAGGGACAGCUUUUAGAGGUGAAAAAGAGUUUUCCAAGGUCACAUCGGAGAAGUCCCUCUCCCGAACUUAAUUUUUGAUCGAAACAGUAUUCCGUUACAGGACGAUGAAAACGAGGCUGACGAAGUGUCUGAGUUGUUGCUAACCCUCCCGGAAACAGAGGAGGAUGAAGUGGACAGUGAAAAAGAAUGCGAGAGCGAUUAUGACGAUACCGACAGCACUUUUUUUAGUUCUUCGGGAAUAUUGCUUUAAACUAGAAAAGCGUUAACUAUUCCACUAUAUUUCGGGCUCCUCUGGACCUCCGCAAUCCUAAUGUCCACGUUGCUAGUCUGCAUGAAUUAUAGGGCGAAGUACGCAUUUGGGGCUGUCAAUGCUCCCAUUUUCUAGUAAAUGAAAAUCGUCAAGCACCUGAAUCAAUUGUUGUGAAAUCGUUGUUUUCCUACUAGUUCUCAUCGACUAUCGUGCCAAGAACGCUUUUCUCGCUAUUUCAUCCAAUUUUCUAAUGAAUGGGAAAAUCCUGCUCCUUAAUAUCGCGCUUUCAAAUUAGUGUGUGGGGUAAACAAGCGUAAUUUUUCCUGGUUAGCUGGAAAUAAGUGUGUGUGUUUCAACAGCUACAGUAGACAGACACAUAAAAACCAAGUGGAUUCAGGGGCACUAAAAAGGAGCACGGAAAAUACUUUUUAGGCUAUCCCAAGUACUUUUAGAUGUCUUGAAAUGCCUUGCAUUCUAAGCGGCCCUAUAUAAUUUGUAUCUAUUCGGAGCUCCUAGAAGAAAUUGAGUCUUUUCGAAAUUACGAGGGUUUUAGUAUUAUUUUCCGAAAGAGAUAUUUUACAGAAAACAGUCGUUGGGUGCCGCUGUUUGUGGAUUGAGAAUCUCCUGUUAUAAAUUUGCAACUGUCAUGCCAAAAAUACAAGAACCUUUUUGGCCAAGUUACUUGUAGGUUAAGAAGGUUGUUAAGUGUGUGUUGGAGUUUAAUUAUCCUAAACGUUUUAACCAAUGAGUUUGGAUUUGAGAGUGCAUAUUUAUAUUACAUGAAAAUAAGGUCACGGUAACAAACUGUAUUAAGUAAUAAAAGUAUCAAUGUAAAAAAGGUUUAUAAAAAGACAAAAUAAGUACAUGCUGUAAUUUUGUCUUCAUAAACGGGCAUCGUAUAAAGGAGAUUGCAAUGAAUAUUUGUCGAUAAAUAUUGUCUAUGUUGAAGUUACUUUUUUAUCUCAGUUAUUUUUUUGGUAUGGUAAUGUAUGCUAAUGAAGUUGAAAAAUGAAAAUUACCCGAGAUAAAAAAAAAUUAACUUUAAUACGUAUAGAUGUCAGGACAAGACUCACGUUUGUUAAUUUUUUCUAUUAGUCAACAACUAUAUCUCUUUUAUAGAAAUUGAGAAUUCAACUGAAGAGAAGUACCUCUAAAAUACAAGAACCUAACUUUGAUCUCCUAAACUAAGGAUCCCCUCGAAAAUAACGGCUAUGCGAAAGUAACGUCAAUUUGCUACCUUCCGAGUAACCCCGAAAGUAGCUACUUGUAAGACCCCAAGUAGCAGCCCUUUAAAAAUUACCCCUCAAUUACAACUUCAAUAAAGUUGUUUAUUGAAUUUAUUUCUUUCUUGAUUUAAGCAACUGAAACGGGAAAAUAUCAUUCUUUUGAAAAAAUUGGAAGUUUUCCAUCAAAUCGGUCGUUAUUAACUAGUUAUCGCAUUUUGUGACCUAUGAGGAUAAGUCAUGACUUUGAAUGACUUGGUAAAAAAAUGAGUGGUUACAGCAUUUUUUUACCGGAUAACCGAGAAAAUAUACAAAAAUUACCUUUUUGUCGGGAUUUAGUUGUGUGUACAUCGUUUCUUUUAUUGAAUGUUGAACCAGUGCGCUCUUUUGAUUUUUCAGCACUUCCACGGUUGCCGUAACAUCGGGCUGUUUCCGCCAACAAUGCAUUUAGGGCACUUCGAUCCCAUUUUGCAUUUAAAUCAGGUUGUUUCCUUCAUUUUGCAUUAUGGCACUUUAAUGCUUUGUCGUAAAAUCUGGCCGUUCCCUCUAGUUUCCAUGAAAGGUUUGCUCAACAGUGCAUUUUAGGCACUUAGAUGCUUUGCCACGAAAGGUUUGAUCAAAGGUGCAUUUUUGGGUCCCCUUACGUUUGCAUGAACGACAGGGUCAACAGCGCAUUUUUGGGCACUUGGAUGCUUUGCCGUAAAAUCGGGCCGUUUCCUGUAGUUUCCAUGAAAGAUAGGGCCAGCAGUGUACUUUUGGGUACUUAGAUGAUUUGCCGUAAAAUGGGGCCGUUCCUUUCAGUUUCCAUGAAAGACAGGGUCAACAGUGCAUUUUUGGGCACUUAGAUGCUUUGCCGUAAAAUCGGGCCAUUCCCUCUAGUUUCCAUUAACGAUAAGGCCGGCAGUGUAAUUUUGGGUACUUAGAUGAUUUGCCGUAAAAUGGGGCCGUUCCUUCCAGUCUCCAUGAAAGACAGGGUCAACAGUGCAUUUUUGGGUACUCAGAUGCCCUGCGGUAAAAUCGGGCGGUUCCCUCCAGUUUCCAUGAAAGACAAGGUCAACAGUGCAUUUUUGGGUACUUAAGAUGCCCUGCCGUAAAAUCGGGCCGUUCCCUCCAGUUUUCAUGAACGAUAGGGCCAGCAGUGUAACUUUGGGUACUUAGAUGCCCCGCCGUAAAAUCGGGCCGUUCCCUCCAGUUUCCAUGAAAGACAGGGUCAACAGUGCAUUUUUGGGUACUUAGAUGCCCCGCCGUAAAAUCGGGCCGUUCCCUCCAGUUUGCAUAAAAGACAGGGUCAACAGUGCAUUUUUGGGUACUUAGAUGCCCUCCCGUAAAAUCGGGCCGUUCCCUCCACUUUGCAUGAAAGAUAGGGUCAGCAGUGCAAUUUUGGGUACUUAGAUGCUUUGCCGUAAAAUCUUGUCGUUCCCUCUAGUUUCCAUGAAAGGUUGGAUCAAAGGUGCAUUUUUGGGUUCCCUUACGCUUGCAUGAACGACAGGGUCAACAGCACCUUUUUGGGCACUUAGAUGAUUUGCCGUAAAAUGGGGCCGUUCCUUCCAGUCUCCAUGAAAGACAGGGUCAACAGUGCAUUUUUGGGUACUCAGAUGCCCUGCGGUAAAAUCGGGCGGUUCCCUCCAGUUUCCAUGAAAGACAAGGUCAACAGUGCAUUUUUGGGUACUUAAGAUGCCCUGCCGUAAAAUCGGGCCGUUCCCUCCAGUUUUCAUGAACGAUAGGGCCAGCAGUGUAACUUUGGGUACUUAGAUGCCCCGCCGUAAAAUCGGGCCGUUCCCUCCAGUUUCCAUGAAAGACAGGGUCAACAGUGCAUUUUUGGGUACUUAGAUGCCCCGCCGUAAAAUCGGGCCGUUCCCUCCAGUUUGCAUAAAAGACAGGGUCAACAGUGCAUUUUUGGGUACUUAGAUGCCCUCCCGUAAAAUCGGGCCGUUCCCUCCACUUUGCAUGAAAGAUAGGGUCAGCAGUGCAAUUUUGGGUACUUAGAUGCUUUGCCGUAAAAUCUUGUCGUUCCCUCUAGUUUCCAUGAAAGGUUGGAUCAAAGGUGCAUUUUUGGGUUCCUUACGCUUGCAUGAACGACAGGGUCAACAGCACCUUUUGGGCACUUAGAUGAUUUGCCGUAAAAUGGGGCCGUUCCUUCCAGUCUCCAUGAAAGACAGGGUCAACAGUGCAUUUUUGGGUACUCAGAUGCCCUGCGGUAAAAUCGGGCGGUUCCCUCCAGUUUCCAUGAAAGACAAGGUCAACAGUGCAUUUUUGGGUACUUAAGAUGCCCUGCCGUAAAAUCGGGCCGUUCCCUCCAGUUUUCAUGAACGAUAGGGCCAGCAGUGUAACUUUGGGUACUUAGAUGCCCCGCCGUAAAAUCGGGCCGUUCCCUCCAGUUUCCAUGAAAGACAGGGUCAACAGUGCAUUUUUGGGUACUUAGAUGCCCCGCCGUAAAAUCGGGCCGUUCCCUCCAGUUUGCAUAAAAGACAGGGUCAACAGUGCAUUUUUGGGUACUUAGAUGCCCUCCCGUAAAAUCGGGCCGUUCCCUCCACUUUGCAUGAAAGAUAGGGUCAGCAGUGCAAUUUUGGGUACUUAGAUGCUUUGCCGUAAAAUCUUGUCGUUCCCUCUAGUUUCCAUGAAAGGUUGGAUCAAAGGUGCAUUUUUGGGUUCCCUUACGCUUGCAUGAACGACAGGGUCAACAGCACCUUUUUGGGCACUUAGAUGAUUUGCCGUAAAAUGGGGCCGUUCCUUCCAGUCUCCAUGAAAGACAGGGUCAACAGUGCAUUUUUGGGUACUCAGAUGCCCUGCGGUAAAAUCGGGCGGUUCCCUCCAGUUUCCAUGAAAGACAAGGUCAACAGUGCAUUUUUGGGUACUUAAGAUGCCCUGCCGUAAAAUCGGACCGUUCCCUCCAGUUUCCAUGAACGAUAGGGCCAGCAGUGUAAUUUUGGGUACUUAGAUGCCCCGCCGUAAAAUCGGGCCGUUCCCUCCAGUUUCCAUGAAAGACAGGGUCAACAGUGCAUUUUUGGGUACUUAGAUGCCCCGCCGUAAAAUCGGGCCGUUCCCUCCAGUUUGCAUAAAAGACAGGGUCAACAGUGCAUUUUGGGUACUUAGAUGCCCUCCCGUAAAAUCGGGCCGUUCCUCCACUUUGCAUGAAAGAUAGGGUCAGCAGUGCAAUUUUGGGUACUUAGAUGCUUUGCCGUAAAAUCUUGUCGUUCCCUCUAGUUUCCAUGAAAGGUUGGAUCAAAGGUGCAUUUUUGGGUUCCUUUACGCUUGCAUGAACGACAGGGUCAACAGCACCUUUUUGGGCACUUAGAUGAUUUGCCGUAAAAUGGGGCCGUUCCUUCCAGUCUCCAUGAAAGACAGGGUCAACAGUGCAUUUUUGGGUACUCAGAUGCCCUGCGGUAAAAUCGGGCGGUUCCUCCAGUUUCCAUGAAAGACAAGGUCAACAGUGCAUUUUGGGUACUUAAGAUGCCCUGCCGUAAAAUCGGGCCGUUCCUCCAGUUUCCAUGAACGAUAGGGCCAGCAGUGUAAUUUUGGGUACUUAGAUGCCCCGCCGUAAAAUCGGGCCGUUCCCUCCAGUUUCCAUGAAAGACAGGGUCAACAGUGCAUUUUUGGGUACUUAGAUGCCCUGCCGUAAAAUCGUGCCAUUCCCUCCAGUUUGCAUAAAAGACAGGGUCAACAGUGCAUAUUUGGGUACUUAGAUGCCCUCCCGUAAAAUCGGGCCGUUCCCUCCACUUUGCAUGAAAGAUAGGAUCAGCAGUGCAAUUUUGGGUACUUAGAUGCUUUGCCGUAAAAUCUGGCCGUUUCCUCUAGUUUCCAUGAAAGGUUUGCUCAACAGUGCAUUAUAGACACUUAGAUGCUUUGCCGUAAAAUCUUGUCGUUCCCUCUAGUUUCCAUGAAAGGUUGGAUCAAAGGUGCAUUUUUGGGUUCCCUUACGCUUGCAUGAACGACAGGGUCAACAGCACCUUUUUAGGCACUUAGAUGCUUUGCCGUAAAAUCGGGCCGUUGCCUGUAGUUUCCAUGAAAGAUAGGGCCAGCAGUGUACUUUUGGGUACUUAAAUGAUUUGCCGUAAAAUGGGGCCGUUCCUUUCAGUUUCCAUGAAAGACAGGGUCAACAGUGCAUUUUUGGGCACUUAGAUGCUUUACUGUAAAAUCUGGCCCUUCACUCUAGUUUGCAUAAAAGACAGGGUCAACACUGCAUUUUUGGGUACUUAGAUGCCCUGCCGUAAAAUCGGGCCGUUCCCUCCACUUUGCAUGUUACAUAGGGUCAGCAGUGCAAUUUUGGGUACUUAGAUGCUUUGCCGUAAAAUCGGGCCGUUCCUUCCAGUCUCCAUGAAAGAUAGGUUCAACAGUGCAAUUUUGGGUACUAUAGAUGCUUUACCGUUAAAUCGUGCCGUUCCCUCCAGUUUGCAUGAAAGAUUGGGUCAGCAGUGCAUUUUUUGGUACAGUCGAACCUGUAUUUAACGGCCAUGUAAGCGUCCACCCUCUAGUAAGCCGCCAGUUUUCAAAGUCCUGCUUUUUCGCUCACACAAACCCUGUAUUUGUUACCUGUAUUAUGCGGCCACCCUGUAGUCUGUGUAGUAGUCCUAUGUUUGUCUUUCUUUGUUAUUUUUAGUUGUAUUUGGCGGCCACUAAGCGAUAUGUCAUUCUAUGCAUUAUUUCAUGGUGUUUAAAAUGCGAUCCAUCAUGACUAUAGAAAACUAACAUGUACAAUCCCGGGGUACAAAGGUACUCUAAGCUGAUACUCGGGCGUUUAGUAUCAUUAACGCUUUUCAGAUGUCCUCAGAUUUAUUGCAUAGUACUUUUACAUAAUGUUACGUAUUUUAUACCGUUAAGGUACCAGUUGGCACCGAACUUUGUUUCAAGUAUUGAUCGCUUGAGAGAAUUUUGAUUGUCGUAUUGUUUCCUUGGCAUUAAAACACGCCCGGUGAGUUUUCUUUUAUCCUGUAUUAAGUGGCCAGUUCCUCAAGUCCCGAAGGUGACAGUUACACACUGGUUAUAUACAGGUUCGACUGUAUUUGGAUCCUAUUUACUAGUCUAUGGCAGUUAGUCUGGCGCUUCGAUGACCUGGCGAACAAACAGGCUGUUCCUUUCAUUUUGCAUAAAAUAUAGGGCCAACGAUGCCUUUUUGGCACGUAGAUCCCAUUUUCAAGUAACUGGAAAAUUGCCUGCCACUGAUAGCGGCCGUAAAUUCAGAGUGUCCCUCCUUUUUUCAUGAAAUGUAGGGUCGAACAAUACAUUAGUGGUACGUCUCAUUGUCAAGCUAAUGUGAAACGUUCGUGUACUUUACUGAGCUGCCAAUUGCCAAGUUUGGGUGUGUUCCUCUAUUUUUUAUGGGAUGUCAUUGUUUAAGACUGCGAAAUCACCUGGCAGUCCAAAUGAAUUGUUGAGAAAUCUGUUUCCCUCCACUAGCUUCACUUCUUCGUGUAAUAUUGGGACAAAUGCGCUGGCUCCCUUUUCGUGAUGCAUUGCGUUAAAACGUCUGGUCUUUGAAUGAGUUGCUACGUAAUGAGACCCUAUACUUUCAUAGAGUAUUCUGUACUUGUUUGGGCUGCCGUAAAUUGAAAUUGUUUGUUUUUCACUUUAGUUAAUCGGGGCAAUGCAGCAUGUUUUAUUUAUUCGCUCGCCACUUCGAUGAGCCACUCACACGACACACGUGUAUUACUUUGAAUAUUUUGUUUAUUAUUUUUUGUAUUUGCAAUGACUAAUUAAAACAUCAUUUAGGCUAAAUUGAAAUACAUAUCUCUAUACAACUUUAAUUAUUUGAAAAUGAAGGAAAUAGAAUGGGGAUCAGUACAAACUGUUUGUCUUAACUCACUCGUCCCUUGCAAAAAUAAUCAGUUCGUGCAAGAUCACUACCACCACAAGGAUUAUAAUUUACUCUAUAUUAAAUGUACGUUACAGAUGUACUACACAUUACUGGGAGCCUAUAUCAUAUUAAUCAAUAUUUCUGAAAACUUUGACUUCACGCUUAUCUAAAAUAACAGGGAUCAACUUCGUCCCUAGGACGCUUUUCCCUGGCUUUGACAAUUGCAAGGGACGUACUCGAGGGAUAUACAAGGAUAUACUCGAAGGUGGUAUCAAACCCACCUCAUUAAUAUAAAAAAAUGCCUUUGUUUCUAGUUUGCCUACUGAAUUACGUUAUUACACUCGGCAAUAUUUAGCUUAAUUUUUGAUUAAUUAUAACAUUUAGUUAUAUUAUAUGAAAUUAGCGAUAGCUGUUAAGGGACCAGUCAUAAAGUACAGGGGGAAGAGGGGGACGGGGGGGCUAUGAAUUUUUUUUUUAAGUACUGGUUUUCAGUGGCCCACCCCUGAGUUAUUUGACAAAAUUGGGGCGGCCCACCCCUGGAGUGGCACAGAAAAAACUAGUGACCUACCCCCCAACCAAAACCAGUAACGUUGAUGUGGAUAGGUACAUUAGGGAACAUUGGCUUACCACUUUUGUCAGAAUCUCCAAAAAAUCUUCGAGAUCGAAAUGUGAGUGAAUGAAAGAAAAUAAAGCACAAGCUAGGAAGCGACGCCGUGAAAGAGCAGAGGAAAAUUGUGAGAGAGUGUUCUCCGCAAUCAGUCACUCAUUAUCUUAUGGUGAAGUUAUAACCUCCGAUCAUUGUAGUUAGAUAGGCCUUAACAUCUUAACAAAGAGAGAUGGUAGGUGGUUCUAAAACUAUUAAUAAGUAAAGGUAAAUUUACAGUGGAUUGCUGUUUAAACAAUCAGAGCAAACGUGACCAGUUGUAUUGGGUGCUAUAG